UCAGGAGUCGAUGGAUUUCGACCUCAUUUCUGGUCUAGAAUAGGUUUCCUGUGGCCCUUUGCGCCUCACAGCUACUUCGGUUGAUCCUUUUUCUUUUUUUCUUGGUUCUUGACGAUUGAUUAGAAAGAUCUGGUCGGGGAUCAAUGGGUUUUACUUGCUUUCUCGUGGCUUUUUUCGUGUCAUUGGUAUCUUUUAUCUUCUCAUGAUUACCGUAGCUCUGGUUUCUUUGUGAACUCGAUCGAUGUUUUUGCUUCUUGACAACCGAUCAUUAGGGUUUGGACGACAAGAUGAAUUCACAGUAUCUUGGUUUUCAAUAGGGUUUUUGCUUCUUCGUUCUUAUCGUAGCUCCAUCCAUCCGCUUUCUGUGCGUUGUCGAUUGAUACUUUUAUUUUUUCUUUAUUGACGAUCAAUCUGAAAGAUCAUGGUUUUCAAUUCCUUAAUAUCGAGAAUAGGGUUCAACUAACCCCUUUUGUGUCACAGGACAUCUGGAGUUCCGGAUUUUCUAGUUAUAACACUGCUAAAUAUGUCAAGUAAAAAGGAAGAGAAAGCUCAGGUUGCAGCUGAUCGUAUAAAAGCAGCAGCGCUAUCAGCUGCAAAAGGUCUUAGUCGAGCUCAAGCUGAGCGGGCCGCCGCCGCUGCAGCUCGAAAUGUGAAUGCUUAUGGUCAGAAGGAAGAAGGACCAAGCCGAUGGCAAGAGAGGAAGGAAGCAAAGCGCCAAAUGUACUUGAUGAGUACAGAGAAAGCUGUCAGAUUGGGUGAGAGGAAGGAUCUCAAGUCUUGUGUUUCCUCUUCUGGUGGCACGUCCCAGUGUCAAAAGUGUUAUCAGGUUGGCCAUUGGACUUAUGAAUGCAAGAAUGAACGUGUCUACAUCUCACGGCCAUCAAGAACUCAGCAGCUCAAAAACCCCAAGUUGAAGAUGACCCCCUCGGUGUCAUAUGAAUCGGACGAUCCUGACAUUGUGAAGGAAGUAAGGGAUGAAAGACACAACAAGAAAGAGGCAGGGAAGAAGAGCAGCACAAAGAGCAAGAGAAAGCACAGAUCUGGUACUGAUUCGGAGGAGGACAGUAGUGAGGCUUCUUCUGUGUUUGAAACAGAGAGUGAGUCUAGCUAUACUUACAGUUCAUCUGAUUCGGAGGAAAGGAGGCGACGAAAAAAGAAGCUUAAGAAAAGGAAACAUAGAAGGUACAGCUCGUCCUCUGAUUCUUCCGAGUCUGAAUCAGCCUCGGAUAGUGAUUCUGAUGAAAAGAGCAAAAGGAAGAAGAGCGGACGGCACACCCGCAAACGGGCCGUAUCGUUGUUCCGAGAGAAGCUUCUGGACGCACCCGGAAUUAUCGAUCACAAGGAGCUGUCAGCCACGGCGGCCGAGUCCACGUGCAUGUCCUCCUGGUCCAACCGUUCCUCAAUCGAUCCUUCUUCCCCGGUCUUAUCCUGUUCUCCCGUCCACGGAUCGACCAGAUGCGUAGAACACUGCACCAGUUUCCUGCAUGCAUGCCUUGCGUGCAAGACUAGCAUACCCACAGACGCAUCUUUCUUACCGUUUCCUUCUCACAUUUUUUAGGAUCAGUUGCAAAUAAUAACAUACUACUCUUAAUCUGAAGAGGCUUCACCAUCACCAACUACAGCAUGUUCUCAAAAACGAUUCUCGGCAUACUAAUAUUAUAUGUUUCCUCUCUCUCUC